CUUGUUUGCGACCGACCGACUAGUAUAGUGCCAGCCCAGGACAUAAUAUCAAGGGAUGGAUGGCCAGGGCAUUGUACACGCUGCUUCCGUGCGUUAUCGCCAGCACCCUUCAGCAGCCAUCCGGCCUUUGUUAUUUGAAAGCGUACAUUUCAACCGCAACGAGACCACUGGCAAGUGGCCGUGCUAUAGAAAUGUGGCCCUUUGAUAAUAGCGUAUCCCAAGAAUCUGUUUGCCUGAGGUGUGUAAAACAUCCGAACGUGCUGUUCAGCUUCGCCACAGCGCCUGUGCUCGUGCCCUGGAUCUAAGGCUUACAGCUGGUAUGGCGCGAGACGUAAAGCUAAAUUGCUACUCUUUUACUACAUUAUCGUGUUUUUAUCCAAGAGAACUAUUGGAAGAA